CGCCUCUAGCCUACUGCCAUGGGAGAGACACGCAAAACUACGCUACACACUCUCGAAACCGCCAUCCUCGGCAAAUCUGCGCUCCUCAUCAUCGACACGCAGAACGACUUCGUCGAGGGCGGCUCGCUCGCCGUGCAAGGCGGCAAGUCCAUCGUGCCCACCAUCAACAAGCUCCUUUCUCUCCCCGGGUUCGCGCUCCGCAUCGCAACGAAGGACUUCCACCCGCCCGAUCACAUCUCGUUUGCGCGCACGCAUGGCAAGGAGGAGUUCGCAGACAUUGAGAUUCACCCACCAGAGGACCUCGCCCCCGACGAGCAUGAUCGUGAUACGCUCGGCCCGCUGAAGCAGACGCUGUGGCCUGUGCACUGCGUGCAGGGCACACCGGGGGAGAGUCUCGCUCCCGGGUUGAAUGUAGAUGCCCUCGACGCGGUCGUGCACAAGGGCACCCACAAGGGCGUUGAGUCUUAUUCUGCAUUCAUUGAUCCGUGGGGCCUGUGUCCGACGGGGCUCGACGGGAUUUUAAAGGAAGGCAGGGUUGACAAGAAGUCGCGUGCAUCGGGCGACGGGAGCGAGGUGGAGAAAACGCAGGCAGACGAGGGAGAGGAGAGGGUGCCGGUGAAGGAUGUGUUCAUUGUGGGUCUCGCGAGUGACUUCUGUGUCAAGUUUACGGCGAUGGAUGCGGUCAGAGAGGGGUAUGAAUAUAGAACAUGGGUCAUCACGGAUGCGACCAAGGCUAUCAAGCCCGACGAGAUUGACAAGCACUGGGAGGAGAUGAAGAGCAAGGGCAUAGUCUUGGUGACGGUAGACGAGGUGGUGCAGAAAUUAGGAUGA